UGUUGACGUCAGCGUUGGGACGUGAAGCUCUUCAGUCAUCAUGACUUUGCUGAGGACUGCAGACAGGAGGCACCAGAGUUCAGCAAACACCUGCAGGAUGUGGCCAGACUCAGAGAGAAUGAAGGAGAGGAGAAAUAAGAGAGUCAAAUCAUCAGGUGUGAGACAUGGCGCUGAGAGCCGCUCUGCUGAAGAGAAUCUGGUACGCCUUCACAUCCCUGGACACCGAAGACAGCGGCAAAGUGUCCAAAUCACAGCUCAAGGUUUUGUCUCAUAACCUUCACAGUGUUUUGAGGAUUCCUCACGACCCUGCAGCCCUCGAGAGACACUUCAGCGAUGAUGAUGACGGUCCCGUAUCCAGUCAGGGGUACAUGCCCUACCUGAACCAGUUCAUACUGGACAAGGUAACCGAGGGGACGUUUGUUAAAGAGGAAGUUGACGAGCUGUGCUGGACUCUCUGUUCCAAGAAAAACUACCAUCCCGACGCGCACCGGGUUCUGUCCAAUCAGGAUGCUAUGCGGCUCUGGUGUCUCUUCAACUUCCUGGCAGACGACCGAUAUCCUCUCACACUCGUGCCGGAGGAGGCGGAGUAUCUGCUGAGGAAGAUCAGCAGCGUGAUGCCGGUGGAGCUGACCUGCGUGGAGCUGGAGGACGGGCUGAGCGUCUGGAGCUUCCUGAACGAGGUGAACGCGGCGGCUGCGAGUCGAGGAGUGGACGGCGAGAGCAUCAGUGUGGCUGUGGAGAAGGUGUACAGAGAGAUGGUGGGGAACAUGCUGAAGGAGGGCUAUCUGUGGAAGAAGGGUAACCUGCGCAGGAACUGGACGGAGCGCUGGUUCUGUCUGAAGCCCGGCUCGCUCUCGUACUUCACCAGCGAGGACUGCAGGGACUGUAAGGGCGUCAUCGAGAUGGACCAGAACUGCUGCGUGGAGGUGCUGUCGGACCGAGACGGGAAGAGAUGCAUGUUCUGCGUCAAGACGCUCAACAAAACCUUUGAAAUCAGUGCGCCCGACUCCAGACAGAGACAGGAGUGGAUCACAGCGAUCCAGACGUCUCUGCGUCUCUCCGCAGAAGGCCGGGUCUCGCUGCACGAGGAGCUGAAGGAGCGGCGGCGGGAGCUGCGCGAGGAGCGGGAGAGGAGACGCGCGCUGCGGGCGGAGGAGACGCAGAGGCUGCUGGAGCUGCAGGGGGAGCGUGAGGAGCAGCUGGCUGAGCUGGAGCUCCUGAAGGAGGCGCAGAGACAGGCCCAGGUCUCCCUGCGGCAGGAGGAGCAGAGGAGGCGCAGCCAGCACGAGGAGCUGCAGAAAACCCUGCAGAGACAGCUACAGGAGGCGCAGGAGGCGCGGGCGAAUCUUUGUGCCGAGGUGGCGGUUCGCGAUCUGGAGGCCGAACAUCAGCAGCGGAGAAUCAAAGAGCUGGAAGAUCUUCAUCACAGACUGCAGGAAGCUCUAGAGCAACAGAUCAGAGCGAGACAGGAGGAAGAGACGUACAGAUACACACAGACCAGGUACGCACGCGCACACACACACACACACACACGCACACACACACACACACACACCUGUGUUAGCAUCGACGUUUCUGGUGUUUAG